GUCGCGCGACAAAAGAAUUCUUCUUCCCCCAAUCCCCCAUGGCGGGGCUCGCCGGCGACGACUCGUCGUUCUUCGGGGACGACGAAGGCUACGGCGAAGGCGAGGGGUUCUGCUACGGCCCGUUCGACGUCGAGGACUUCUGCUACGGCACCUUAUCCGAGGACAGCGGGGAGGAGGAGUUCUGCUACGCCCCGUUCGGCGACGGCGGCGGCGGCGGCGGCGAGGAGUUCUGCGUCUCCGGAUUCGCCGUCGAAGACCUCUCCGACGUGUCGUCGUCGGACGUCCACGAGAUCCGCGAGGCGGACCGCCCCCACGAUGAUCCCCUCCCCGGAACCCUAGCCUUCUCCUCCGGCUCCGAUGAGGACCUCGCGGACACCCUCCACCACAUCGUGUCCGCGAUGCGCAUCUCGGAGGAGGACGAGGAGGAGGAAGGGGUGGAGGUCCUCGGAAACGACGGCGGCGGUGAGGAGGGGCUCAUGGUGAGCGCUUUCGACCUCGACACGGCGAGGCUCAUUGGGGGCAUCCUCGAGGAGGACAUCCAGGUGGUGAUGGGCGCUGACGGAGUACAGGAAGAGGAGGAGGAGGAGGAGGCCGGCAAUGGCGGGGGGAUCAUGCCCAAUGGAUUCGAGUUCGGGUCGCCGCGGGUUAUCACUGCCGCCGCGGGAUUCCGGAUGAUGGUGGACGCCUAUGACACUGACAUAUAUGAUGAUUUCGAGUUUGUGGAGAUGCUGGGAGGACAGGCCGGCGAUGCCGAUGCCGGCGUGAGCACGCGGCCCUCACUGGCAUCCCAAUUGACGGUGGAGAGCUUGCCAGAGGCGGCGCUCAGUGAAGAGGAGGCCUCGCGUGGCUGCGCCGUUUGCAUGGACUGUUUUGCGUCAGGGCAGCUUGUCGCCUUGCUCCCGUGCAAGCACUACUUCCAUGGCGACUGCAUCUGGCCAUGGCUAGUGAUCAGGAACACCUGCCCUGUAUGCCGGCACCAAGUCCGCACGGAUGAUCCUGAGUAUGAACAGCGUAUGGCUUGGCGUGUGAUUGUUCUUGCGCCAGUGGAACAUCAGGACGCAUCGAUACAGACCGGAGGCGACAGGGCAACCAUGGGUGCUGAAGGUGCAACUGAAGGUGUUGCAGAAAAUGGACCUGAGCAAAGUUCAUCCUGAUGAGCUGCCAGCAGGGCAAGAUGAUGAGGCAGCUGAGACGAGAAACAUAACUGACGUAGGUAGAGACCUCCCCAACUGCCUUGGAAGGCUGGAAGCAAGAAUGUACCAGCAUCCAACAUUUUGAUCGACAUCAGUAAAUUGUUACAGUAUGAUAUGAUGUAAAUGUUCAAAACCCAGUAGUUGGAUCUACUCAUUGAGUCAAUUUUCGACUCCUAUGAAGGAUGCGCUCGUAGUAAUGACGGCAUGCUUUACAUAAACCUCUACCUGUUCUUGCUUCUGGAGCUGGAAACAACUUCCCUUUUGAAUGCACUAUUUGAAGCUGGGGUUUGUUCAAUCUUUUUCUGCAAGCUGUUACCGAUGCCUGAGUGCUGACCUCUAGGCAUUUUGUAGGAAUAUUUGAGUUCCGCCUCGACUGGUCUUGCUCCUCUGGCAUAAAAACAUUUGUACAUUUGUGCAGUUUCUGUAUCUCAACAUGCUCCCGAGGCAUAUUGUUCUAACAUGCCUCUGAGGCAUAUACAACAACACCUGUU